UUUAGUUGCUUUGACUAUAAUUUUAAACAUGUCUGAUAAGUGUUGUGAUCACUCGAACUGCAUGGCGGCACCAGCAAAUCCAUCUGUGUGUCAGACCUUAUCUGAAAUGGAUUGGGAGCGAGGAAUAUGGUAUGCAGCAUUAACUGGGGACAUAGAUCGAGUGGAAUCCAUAAUAAGUAAGGCAAGCGAUUCAAGGACAGCUGUGAAUGCACCUGACAACUCUGGUUACACAGCACUGCACUAUGCAGCCCGCAAUGGACACACAGACAUAUGCCGGCUAUUGCUGCAAAAUGGAGCCAACAUUGACGCACUAACCAAGUGUGGCAAGGCCAGCCCACUACACAAAGCUGCAGUUGGAGGUAAACUAGCCACUGCAAAAGUUCUAUUGCAGUAUGGAGCUUGCAUUGACCUGAAAGAUGCAGAUGGACACACAGCAUUGAAGAAAGCAACAGAUAAUAAGCAUGUAGCGGUUGCAGAUUUAUUAUUGCAAAGCCAGAAGCCUGGAACUAUUGCUGAAUGAAUUCGUCCAUUGUCAACGGAAAAUUUGCUCCCUAGAAUGUAAAAAUCAGUGCUUGAUUAAGCUUUUAAUAUUGGUUUCCCUUUAUGUUUGCCUAUCUUAUACUAUUAUAUUGUUAUUAAUUCUAUGUAAAAGAACAGAACAGGCAAAUAUGUAAUCACUUGUAUCUUCAUACAUAUUCAUAAUCUCGCAAGUGUCACAAUUUUGCUAAA